AUGUGGUCCACCGCUGGUUUGCUACAGACGCUUUCGCUUUCCACGAUAGUUGCAGGUGGCGCUUCGCAGGAGCCGUCAGCACAGCUCAAGAAUGGCACCUAUGUGGGACGGUAUUCUGCAGAAUACAAUCAAGACUUCUUCCUUGGCAUACCCUACGCGCAGCCUCCAAUUGGGGACCUGCGGUUUCAGCAAGCGCAAUCUUUGAACGAAACUUGGGAGGGCACCCGCGAAGCUUUCACCUACUCGUCGUUAUGCGUUGGAUACGGUCUCGACCAAACAUUCUACAAGCAGUCAGAAGAUUGUCUGACACUCAACGUCGUGCGCCCUUCCGGCUACUCUGAAAGCACUCUUCCAGUCGGUUUAUGGAUUCAUGGAGGUGGCUUCACCAAUGGCGGUGGCGGUGACCAACGCUAUAACCUCUCGUUUCUUCUAGACCAAUCCGUCAAGAUCGGGAAGCCAUUCAUUGGCGUCUCAAUCAACUACCGCCUACACGCAUGGGGCUUCUUGAAUUCCAACGAACUUGCUGGCGAGGGGCUGACGAACAUCGGCUUGAGAGACCAGCGCCUCGCAAUGCAUUGGGUGCAAGAAAAUAUCGAGGCAUUUGGAGGCGACAAUACCAAAGUUACUAUCUUUGGAGAAUCGGCUGGUGGUGCAAGUGUAGGUUUGCAUUUAACCGCGUACGCCGGAAGGAACGACAGCCUCUUUCGAGCGGCGAUACUGCAGUCUGGGAAUCCCAUUUUCUACGCAGCCCAGAACGGUAAUAAUGCCUACCAGUACCACUUCGACGAAGUUGUUGCGAAGACAGGGUGCAACGGCACGUCAGACAGUGUACAAUGCUUGCGGCAAGUAUCCUUCGAACAGCUGAACGCCACUUUGGGUGCCUUGUAUUUGGCGCGCGGAAACCUGGGCCCGACCAUUGAUGGAGAUAUCGUUCAAAACUACGGCAGCGUACAUCUACAGCGCGGUGAGUUUGUACGUGUACCAAUCAUCACCGGAGCGAACAGUGAUGAAGGGGCCUCUCUUGGCCCGCAAGGCAUCAACACCACUGAAGACUUUAAGGCCACGCUCGCGAGCCUUCCAUCAUCUUUUCAGGAUGAGGUCUUACAGGCGUAUCCUGACGAUCUCUCCGUGAAUGUGGUCGCAAGUCUCGGCCAACAGCGUCCUGGACCACCAUAUGGAGCGCAAUUUCGCCGUAGCGCUUCUUACUGGGGCGAUGUCUACUUUAUCGCUGCGCGUCGACAGACAGCCACGACAUGGGCUAGUCACGAAUUAGACGCCUAUUCUUAUCGGUUUAACGCUAUUCCGCAUGGUGUUCCGCCUGAAGUUGGCGCAGGUCACUUCAAAGAGAUCGGAUAUAUGUUUCGCAACUACCUAGGUGCUGGGUACAGGCCGGACAUUUUGCCAUUUGACGGGAUGCCAGAGAGCCACUUUGAACUGGCAAGGUUUAUGUCGAGCAGUUGGGCGAGUUUUAUAAGCGAUCUUGAUCCGAAUGCCUGGUCAGGAAGGCCGGCGAUUGUUGAUGCUUGGCCGAAAUACUCCGUGGAGAGCCCGACGAAUCUCGUUUUCGAUGCCAAUGUCACAAGCCAUACAGAGGUAGACGACUUUCGAAAGAAGGGCAUCGAAUUGAUCAACCAGAAUGCAUUGGAGGUAUACCAUCGGUAG